ACAUGGCGACAGACGGUCAUGACAGUUCACGGCCACCAGACAUGCCAGAGAUCAGUGUUCACUGCUCACAGGAAUGAAAACUAAUUAUGCUGUAAUAUUCACAUCAACUGCUGUAAAUUAUGGCGUCCAAGCUGAAAAAGAUAGCCUGUGACGUGAGCAUUGAUGACCCCGUGAGUUCGACUGACGAUUCUGAACUGGGGAGUGAGGACAUCGACUUGCAAUUUACCGGGCGAUUGUCUUUCCGGAAGUCUGCCCUUGGUGGUGACGACAGCGGUGAUCUGUCCGCCGAUGACGAGGACAGUGACAGAGAGAGUCAGCGUGGUGCAACCGGUGAUGUCUCUCGUCGUAAAGCUUCCAAUGCAGACAGUGUCGGCAGUGUCCACAGCCUUCAACUUGGUUCAAAGGCCAACAAGUUUCAUCCUGGAAGGACCAUCUUUGAGGUUGUGUCAGCCAAGACAAUGAAAGAUGGCAACUCUAGAUUUGUCUUGUAUACUGUGGCUGUCCUGAGAACAAUUAAGAAUGACACCUCACAAGCCACUGUUGAGAGGAGAUACUCUGAUUUUCACCAACUGAACACCAGCCUACGGAAGAGAUUCCCACGGAUAAUGGAGAACAUUGAGUUUCCAAGGAAGACUCUGACCCGAAGCUUCAAGCAUGAUUUUAUCGCUGAACGGAGCCGGGCUUUUGAGGCCUUCCUGACAUGCAUCUACAAGUACGAGUGCAUCCGCCUGUCGGCAGAGUUCCAGGACUUCUUCUAUAAUCAUGACCUGCGGAUCGCCUACCGCUAUAUGACCCAGGGCAACUUCCAGGAGGCGGUGCCCUUCCUGCAGAACACCCUCCACCUGCAGGAGAAGAUGCUGGGGCCUGAGCAUCCAGACACAGCCCGGACACAGUGCGCACUCAUCGUGGCAUACAUGUCUCUGGAGGAGGGUGAGGCCCACGUGCACGGCUAUGCCGAGUCGGCCUGGGAGACCAUUGGCAAGGAUGAAACGAACCCUUUCCUCAUACCACUGCUGCAGAUCCUGAUUGGCAUCCGAUGGAGGCUGCAGCUGGACAAGCGGGACCUGGAGAGCCGGCUGACGCGCUACGUAAAACAGGACAUGGCAGGACCCAUCAAAAUGCCUACGCUGGAGGAUCUGAUCAUGCAGUGUCUCUCCCAUAUGUAGAGCCGCCAUUGUUCCUUGGAUGCACCCUCAAAUUCUUGAACAAGAUUUUGCAAUAUUUAUUUCCUUACCUUGCAAUUGAGGAGCCUGCUAUUCCAUUCACUGAAGAGGUUACAGGGCGGAAAGUUAUUGUUUACAAGCAGAGCUUAAAUAGUUCACCGCCUUAACUGCCAUUUAACAAUAUGGAAAUUAAAAAAAUCCUUAAUCUUGCCUUUGUUUUCAGGCAAUUUAACAAAACAAAGUUACAAAAGUUGUAAUUGCACUUGCCAAAUUACCCCUCAUUUUGAGCAGAUACAAAAUAGUAAACAAGCACAACAAACUCAGUAUUUGUACUGAUCUCCACUGAGGCAGGAACGUGGAUGUUUGGACUGUACUGGGUAGCCCUUUUUUCUCUUCAUUAUGUCUAGACAAAGAUACCAUACCACCUUUCAGUCUCAGGUGUAUGUAAGGCCACACUUUUUUCUUUCAGGGAUUACAGAUCAGCUGGCUUUUUCUGUCCAAAGAGGAAAUAAAAUAUUGUUUGAUUUUGGCCCAUUUUUAAUUCUGUAUUUCCACUGAAUUUUUAGAUUCUUGUAGCAUAAGGGUCAAGAAAAAAAUUAGGAAAAAAGAUAACAAUUAUGAACACCAUCGUUUACAGCAACACCAUGCAACACAAAAAAAUUACUUCAUUUUCUCUGGCUUUUUACCAGUUUCCUUGUUUAUCAAAACCAUCGGGACAGAAACAUGGCUGACCUUGAUUCAGAAGUACAUGUAGAUGUUUUCCUUUCAUCUCCAGCACUGCCUCAAAAUGAGAAGAAAAAUCUCUGUAAUCUUAAAAACAGAAAGAAAAUGUGGCCUGUAAAACUAGAUAUUAAACUGUUUGGUCGAGUGGUAUGUAGAAUCCAGGUCAAAUUGAUACGGAUGUUGAAUUUUAUCCGUUGCAACUCUGAUAUCUUACAGAUUGUGAUCAUAUAAUGCAUUGUGCAAUGUUAGCUUUUAUACUACUUCCUCUAACUUUUUAACGUUCUGGUUGUGAUGGGGGAAUAUGGUUACCUUGAGACGGCUUCUGUUUGGGCUGACACCAUCGCUUGCAGAUUCAGGGUGCCAAAGGGGGCCACCCCCACCUCACCUCAAAAAAAAAAAAAAAUCGAAAAAUAAUUAGUGAAAGGUCUGUUUUUAUUUCCCUUCCUUAUAUAUAAAAAUGAGCAUGUAAAAAUCCCCAAAAAUGUAGCUUCACCUCCCAGAAAGGCCAUAGGCAUGUAAAAGUAUGUGAAAAAACUCCAGAUUUUUGGACCCCCCCCCAAAGCAAUGAAACAACUUUGCUCCCCAACUAACUUUGGUUGUGGAUCCGCCCUCGGACACCAUCGGUCAGUAGGUUUGCAUAAUACGUACACGCACUUGCACUUUGCUCAUUUCCAGUCUGUGGUCUGUUAUGGGGGGGGGAGGUAUGUAGACUGUCCCCUUUCCCAACGUCCUCAUAACUGAAUGGUGAUUGAGGUGGGAACAGUCUUUCUGUUCACUGAUGAUUGGGCUCCACUGGGGACGAGCGUACGUGUAUAUUUACAGUACUCGUUGAUUAAUAGCAUUUUGUUAUCCUUUGGUAAUGAACUUUAGAAUGAGUGUUUGUGAACUGCAUGGUUAACUGAUCUUUAUGCAUGAAUUUUGCGGUGUGUUAGAAAUGGAGUGUUCCUUUUAAGACUUAAAAGGAUCGCAAUAGUUUUAUGCUGAAUGAAAAGUUCCUUUGUUUCGUCCUGUCGUGUGUAUACAUAGAGUAUGUGUAAAGAAUUAUUUCAUUGCUUGCCAUAGCCCGAGCCAUUCUUUUUAGACAUGUACAGGUAGAAAUUUUGAUAUGCAGUGCGCAUUCCCCUGCUUGAAAUGUGGUAUUAUUCCACAGUAGUGCUGGCCUUUCUGUAACACUGGAUGAGAUCAUCCGUAUAAGUACUGCCUUCGACGGAUUAGUCUCAGUCACUCAUGGUGCCAACUGACUUUUAAUGCGUGUCUGGUGUUUUGCCUGAAGAUUUGUUUUAAAUUGACACAAAAGCCUACAGGUGAAGAUCCGUUUAAGAACACCUUUUUGCCGAGCUAGAUGAGACGAGUUGCCAUGUCUAAAUUCUUUUUUUUUUCAGUCCUUGCUAAGCCAUAAUAGUUUUUUUACCGGAAGAUACCAAUGACCGUGUUUGGCUGAUUCGUUGUACAUUUCUAAACUACUGUUGUGACGUUUUGAAUGUACAUGCACCUUGCAUCUUCUCUUGAUCGUGAAGAAAUCCACACAGCUUAUUCAUCAUGUACAUCUUGUAGCCGAAUAUUGUGAGUGAAAUGGUGUGCAGAACUCAUGUAUGUGUAAUUCUUCAGAUGGGUUUGAGAUGUUCGAACGCUGCAACAGUUAAAAUGCUAUUGAUAAUACAUGUACAUUUACUUUAAUCGUUAAGUACACGUAGUGAGUUCCUCUGAUUUUUGCAUUUCUCUCCACAAACUUUCUUUUCAGCUGAAUAGAUAUAUUUUUAAUGUAAAAAGCCAGUUUGUUUUUUUUAAGUAUCGAACUCAUUUGGCCACGGUAUAUCAAAAUGUCAAUUGUAUUUUAUAAUUUGUCAGUAUUAUGAAGGACACAUUAUAUUGCUUCCUGCUGAUGUUUUAAGAUUUUACCUCUCAGCUGUUACUUUGUAACUCAGCCUCGCCAAAGGUUGGCUAAAGGACAAUCUCUAAUUGUACAUGUAUUUUAUUUUUGCUACUCAGGUUGCCUUAUAAGAUUUUUGUAUUUAAUUUGCCACAACAGUUAAAAUGCUUUGGUUUCCCAAUACAUGCAAUUUGCAAACGGAUCUAAGCGUCCCGUUUGCAACAGCCUUUUGUUUUUUCAUGUGUCACAUUUUUCUUUUCAUGUUUGGCGAAAUGCAUGGAAAGAAGAGCCGCGGAGUUACAACAAGCGGCUUGCCUUAAACACUUACAUGUACAUGUACUUGCUUCAUGUUAAAAUGUACAACCGGUGCACUACAAAUGAACUAUAUAAACAUUUAUUUAUGAUCUUCUGGGCUGGACGGGCAAACGUCGUGGUUUCACUUUGCAAACGCCAUUGGUCACUGUUUCAAACGCCGUGGUUUUAAGUUAGAAGUCAACUCGGGCUCAUUUUCCACUCGACUGAGUUUAAAAGUUGAACCUCGAUGUAUGCAUGAACCAUGGCGUACGAGGUUUUACGUUUUAUAAGUAGAAUCGGGACAUUAGAAAGUUGAAUCACGAACUUUGAAAGUUGAACCAUGACAUUUUAAAGUUAGAGUGCGAUGUUGAACCACGACGUUUGCCUGCCUGAUUUGUAAUACCAUAUCUAUCUUAUCCACGGCUACAAUUUCAGUCCAUUGAUUAAACUUUACGUUUUGCUCUUUAACGGUUACUGGUGCUUUGAUGUGUUAUAUAGAAAUUGUAGGCAUUUUUAUGAAACAAAGUGUUGUAAUUAAAGUACUUAUCGUUCUCAGUGAAUGUGAUCGUGAAAGAUAACUAAGCUUAACGUUAGACUCUGUGUAUGUUGGUAACCUUGUAGCGUCUUUCAGGCAAUCUUUUCCCCCUCAAUAUUUCCUGAAUGUGCAUCAUGAAAGUCCGACUAUUUUUGAGUUAUCCUGUGCAAGACACUCUUUUUCUGUGAGAAGCAAUUACAUACUGUGCGAAGUUUGCACCCUGAAAACUGUGUUUAUCAAUUAAGCACGAUCUCGCUUUCAGUUUGUAAACAUGCGUAGAAUCUAACUCCUAAACACCUUUAGUUUCUAAGCACUUCCCAUCAAUACUCUCAACUUGAUUAGUAUUUAAAUAUAAGCUGGUAACGAGAGUGAGUGUGUAUAAUCGAUAACGACGUUCGCUGAACCUGUAAUUGUUGUUAUCAACAAACAAAAUGCCUAAAAUGUGGUGAAUUCGUCGUUGUUGCCUGAUUCUAAUGAUUAAUAACUGUGUACAAAUGUAAUACACAUCAUAUCAUCAUGUAAUGGUUGGCAGCGUAGACACUGGUGUAAUUAUAUCGCAAUCCAGAUCUUAGUUUGCAUAUUCCACGCGCUAUUCAACAGCUGAACAAGUAUCACAGACACGUCUGUGAACAUUAAAAAAAUGAUGAAAACAUGAAUUUUCUCUUCUGAAUAGAGAUGACACAGUUUUCAGCUGUGCGCGCUAAGAAUUCAAUCCCACCAUGUCUCCCUGGUGUAAAACGGUCUCAGUUAUCCGGGUUGCUGAUUUUUGUUUCUUCAGGACGAAUUCAGCGCAUAAUGAAGCAACGGUGUUUAUAUUGUCAUGUGCUCACUUACCCGCAGUACCAGACUUUCAAAAGAUCACUUUAAUACAAGUAACAGUCCAUUAAUAUUAUGGAGCUAUACAAAAAGCAAUCCUUUGGUAGCUCCGUGGCCCUAUCUGAUGUGCUUUAUCUAUCGUCACUGCUUUCAUAAAUUGGCGAAACAGCGUGUGAUUUGGGAAUGUUCAUUGUUAAUAAAACAGUACAAAGAUAUUAUGUUA